AUGGACCCUCUUCGAUCAGCCCAUACCCCUCAGGCCCCCGCUCAGCCUGCGACUUUCAUCUCUCCAACCUCAACUCUCGCUCCUUCUUCCACUCUCAACUCUACCAUCUCACACCCUGCGAACCCAUUCAAUCCUCAUCCCUCUAAUUCGACUACCCAGCCCUUCGCAGCAGCCUCCCACCCCAUCUCCGCCUGCGCUGCCGAGUCCACCAUGUCUCAGACACAACCCUUCGCCCAGGCCCUCGGCAACACCUCGCACCCGGCUGGGAUACCACUCGCGCCUCAGGGACAUAAUUCCGAAUCACAGCCACGAUCGGACGUGCCACCCGCCACUCAACCCGCGGAUGUCCUUCCGCAGGCAGGAGGCAACGGGCUAGGAGGUCCGACGGCGACAGCACCAUUCCUGCAGGACUUCAGUCUCGUUGCGGAGGCGGCGAAGCGCGCGCAGAUGUCCAUCGUCAUGCGAGAUCUCGAGAGUGUAACCCUAUGA